AUAUCCGCGCCCAUUGGGUUGCCAUUAUGGAAGGUAGGAAGGUAGGGAGUUUUUGCUGUUUUGUGGUGUCACGCCGUCGGACUCGGAUGAACGCGUCGAAAUGUUGUCGAAACGUUGUCAGACGUCCUCGCAUUUCAGCAACCCUCACACACAUCAAGCGCGGAAACUGUCCACGCCAUGCCACCUAAAAAGAAAGAGAAGAAAAAGUCCAAGAAGGAUAUCGAAAAAGAGAAGCUACUUGAAGAAGAACGGCUGAGGGCUGAAGAAGAAGCACGGCAGGCCGAGCAGGCUAGGAAGGAGCAGGAACUCCUGGAGCGCCAGCAGAGGGAGGCAUUGGAAGCGAUCUUCGUGCAAGAUGCUGCUCGCUUCGAUUCCGAAGCCGCCGAACUCGCCACAUUGACAGCGACGCGCGCUUCCCGACUGGAAGCCAUUCUGAAAAGCCGCCGCGAAGAGGCCGAGUGGCAAGCGUACUUACAAUGCCGACCACUGCCAAAUCCUCUCAACGAGCGAAAUCUGGUGACAUACCUUGACGAAUGGGCUGUAGACUCUGAGCGAGACGAAAACAGUUUCUCAUUGGAAAAGUUGUAUACGGAACUGCCUGGGAUUGAUAUUCUUUGUGGAGAGAUAGAGCAACAUCUGCAUGCACCAGCAGACGGGCGAAAUGCCAGAUCCGAAGCUCUUGGCAGGGAUCUAAUCCGAAUACGGGAGCUAAUUAAUGGAAAAUGGAACAUGGCCACAAUGCGGACGCUGCAGCAUAUAGAUCAGUUCCCAAGAGAGGCGAACGAAAACUUCCAGUUUCUGUCCACUACGAAGGACUACGUCUACGGAAUCUGGGGCAACCUUACCAAGAACCCUCGCCAUAAGGUUAUAGAGUUUCCAUCCGUUCACAUUUCCGCCUCCCUCCCGAAACCACUUGUAUUGGCCAACAUCGCUAUCCGACUGCUUCUCGAAAGUGGCAUAACCGCAACAGCAACAUAUGAGAAGCAAGAGGGCCCUACGCCGAUGUCGGUGAUCGGCCCCGUGCUGCAGCUUGAUCUGAUCGAGAUGCCAGACAUGCCAAAGGUUGUCGACGCGUGGACCAUUCGCCCAAUGGUGUCAAAGGAUGGUAAGAUCAAACGUAUCACUUAUCCUUUCAAGAAAGAAGCAACGGAGGAAGAUGAGGAUCUUGCUGAAAAGCCCGAUACCGCACCCGCCGGUGAUGACAGCCAAAGCGGGGCGGAUGGGCCAGGCCCCGCUGUCUCCGAUUCCUCGCUAUGGCCGACGACGGUAACGUUUCAGUUAGAGCCAGGAUGUCUGUUGCACAAUGGAGUGGCCACGGUGCGGUGGUGGAACUCAAAAAUGGAAUGGUGGGACGAGGACGGAAUCGCAGACGUUGAGAUUGAUCCCGCCAGCGGCCUGGUCAGGUUCAAAACUAUCCAUUUCGCACCGACGGCCGUCGUGCAGUACACGUAUGCGGAGUUCCCAUAUGAAGACUGGUCCAUCCGCCCGAUCGCACCGAACUCCGCCAUCCUUCACAUCCGAGGGCUACUAAACGAUCUGGAGAUUGAAGUGGGGCCGGGAAAAUGUCGGGCGUUGCGGCCGGCGUUGGAUUUGUCGCAGCUCGCUGAAGGAGAAGCAUGGUUGUUUCCCGCUAUCUUGUUCCGGGUAUGUGUUUGAAUAAUUGAUAUGCGCCUGAUAGAACAACCCAUGCUACGGAGAUUGA